GUCCCCGCACCAUGCCGCUCCGCGGGCCCCCCGCCGCCCUCCUGCCCCUUUGUCUGCUCUGCCUCCAGGCUGCGCUGCCGCUCCGCGCCCAGCGCGGCCGCUACGCCGGUGAUAUAGUCAUACGAGUUGUUCCUGAGAGCGAGAGGGAAACGCAGAUCCUGAGGGCUGCAUUUAACAAGCUUAAGGUGGACCUGUGGCAGCCCAGCAGCCCCUUCUACAUCGUCGAAGGUACGGUCACCGACGUGCGAGUACCACAGAACACGUCCCGAAGUCUGCUGCCCUACCUCCAGCAAGCAAACAUCCAGUACACGAUUCUCAUAUCAGACAUACAGAAAGCAAUAGAAAACCAAACUGGACUGAGGUCACACAGGAAUCGAAGGUCCCUCUCUGGGUAUAACUACGAAACAUAUCACUCCCUGGAAGAAAUCCAGGGUUGGAUGCAUCAUCUGAAUAAAACUCAUUCAGACCUUGUUCACAUGUUCUCUGUUGGAAAAUCCUAUGAAGGAAGACCACUGUUUGUACUCAAGUUAGGUAAAAGAUCACGGCCCUACAAGAAAGCUGUUUGGAUAGACUGUGGGAUUCAUGCAAGAGAAUGGAUUGGCCCUGCCUUUUGCCAGUGGUUCGUGAAAGAAGCUCUUCAGACAUACCAGACUGAUCCUGCCAUGAGAAAGAUGCUGACUCAGCUGUAUUUCUACAUCAUGCCUGUAUUUAAUGUGGAUGGAUAUCAUUUUAGCUGGACAAAUGAUCGAUUUUGGAGAAAAACAAGAUCAAAGAACACACGGUUUCGGUGUCAUGGUGUUGAUGCUAAUCGCAACUGGAAAGUGAAAUGGUGUGAUGAAGGUGCUUCAUUUCACCCAUGCGACGACACCUACUGUGGUCCCUUUCCUGAAUCAGAGCCUGAAGUAAAGGCUGUUGCUCAUUUUCUCCGGAAACAUCGGAAACAAAUAAAAGCCUAUUUGUCCUUCCACGCAUAUGCACAGAUGCUGCUGUACCCUUACUCUUACAAAUACGCAACUAUUCCAAACUUCAGCUGCGUGGAAUUAGCAGCCUAUAAUGCUGUUAAUGCUCUUCAUUCAGCCUACGGUAUAAGAUACAGAUAUGGUCCUGCAUCUAGCACUUUGUAUGUGAGUUCUGGUAGCUCUAUGGACUGGGCCUACAAAAAUGGCAUCCCCUACGCGUUUGCAUUUGAACUGCGUGACACCGGCCAUUUUGGAUUUUUACUUCCCGAGACGCUGAUCAAGCCAACCUGCACAGAGACCAUGCUCGCAGUUAAAAAUAUAACUCUUCAUCUCCUGAAGAAAUGUCAUUGAGAGCUAUUUCUAGGAGCUGGAAGUGAGUGCAUUACUCCCAGUGCUGAUGCCUUUCAGUGCAUUCAGUUGCCAUUCUAAGCUUGGCCACUUCAAAAUUACAGAAGCUAAUGGGAAAUAUGGUGUUGUUUCUACCAGAUCCACUUGGCGGGAAAUCAAAAAAAUAAUUUAAUAUCUGCUCUACAAAAGCCCAUGCAGUUGAUAUACUAACGUAGUUACCAGUUUGGAGUAAAAUAGUCUGGUUUUUUUUGCAAUAAAGCUUUGAUUCUGCAACUCCAGUGGGGCAGGUCCAGGUCCACAUACAGGUGCCUGAAAUAAAACUCUACUUCCAGACAGUCCCUGGCCUUAGUCCUUUCCAUAACAGGAAGAAUUCCCUUAGUGGGGUCUCUUGAACCGAUGGAUAAAGCUUACAUUCACGUGUAUGUACUCUGUGACCCAACACAGGCCCGUGUCUAAUGUCAGUAAACGGCAUAUAUUGCAGCUGGCCGCGCUGCAAGUGGCAACGUGGCUUUGUUCUGCAUGUAUACAGACAUAUGUAUAUGCACUUUUGUCAUUUUUUUUUCAUGUAAUGCAAGAAUUUGACCCAAGGUUUGGGGGGACGGACUCAAAAUCAACAUAUUGCCUUUGAGAAAUGUAACUUUCCUAGACCUGUGUAAGAACGAUAAUGAAAUAUUAUUGAGAUAUACAAUACUCUGCUUUAUGGAGAGACCAUAGCUGACAAAGCAACUUGCCAUGACUUGGAACUUGGACGCAGGCAGUCGACUGGUGCAUCGGGGUUCUGCUGUAGUCAGUGUCUGCCCAUUUCCACCAGCUGAAGAUCUGGCCUUAAACUGUAAUUAACUGAUGUUAACUGAUGUUUUAUUUAUCGGUAUUCUUGCAGUGAGUUCUGUAGCUCUAUGGCUGUGUGGCUGUUCUUCUUGGAAGUCGUAUUUUUUGCAUGUUUUAAAGGAAUUAAUAAUAGAUUCUUAAGUGGGCCGGAGGUGAAAGCAGCAGCUUUACAGCUGAAAUACAGUGAAUAAGCACCAUGUUUGAAAGAAUAAUAAUGAAAGCACAGAGAAUAUAACAACUUGUUGAGGGUUUUUUGGUACUUUUAAAAUAGUA